CCUAGCCUCCUCUCGGUCUCCCCGCCUUCCCCCCCACCCCUCCAGCAGGUGUGUCUCCAGGUCCUGUGGCUGCCUGCCCCACUCCCUGCUGAGACGCCCGCCAGAGUUCACCUCCUCUGCAGCCCAGCAAGCUCGACCCAGACCAGCCCAGCACCCCGGGAUGGAAGCUGCGGACGCCUCCAGGAGCAACGGGUCCACCCCAGAAGCCAGGGACUCCCGCAGCCCGUCAGGCCCCAACGGUGGUAGCCUGGAGAACGGGACCAAGGCUGAAAGCAAGGACGCCAAGACCACCAACGGGCACGGUGGGGAGGCGGCCGAGGGCAAGAACCUGGGCGGCAGCGCCCUGAAAGCCGGGGAAGGCAGGAGUGCCCUGUUCUCAGGCUCCGAGUGGCGCCGGCCCAUCAUCCAGUUUGUGGAGUCCGUGGACGACAAGGGCUCUAACUACUUCAGUAUGGACUCAGCCGAAGGCAGGCGGUCUCCCUACGCUGGCCUGCAGCUGGGCGCUGCCAAGAAGCCGCCUGUCACCUUUGCUGAGAAGGGAGAACUGCGCAAGUCCAUCUUCUCGGAGCCCCGCAAGCCCACAGUGUCCAUCGUGGAACCAGCUGAGGGCCGCAGGAACAGCUACCCGAGGACAGACGCGGGCCUCCUCUUGCGCUCCAAGGCGGGCUCCGAGGAGGUGCUGUGUGACUCCUGCAUCGGCAACAAGCAGAAGGCCGUCAAGUCCUGCCUGGUGUGCCAGGCCUCCUUCUGUGAUCUGCACCUCAAGCCCCACCUGGAGGGUGCCGCCUUCCGUGACCAUCCGCUGCUCGAGCCCAUCCGGGACUUUGAGGCCCGCAAGUGCCCCCUGCAUGGCAAGACCAUGGAGCUCUUCUGCCAAACCGACCAGACUUGCAUCUGUUACCUUUGCAUGUUCCAGGAACACAAGAACCACAGCACCGUGACCGUGGAGGAGGCCAAGGCUGAGAAGGAGACGGAGCUCUCGCUGCAGAAGGAGCAGCUGCAGAUGAAGAUCAUUGAGAUUGAGGAUGAAGCUGAGAAGUGGCAGAAGGAGAAGGACCGCAUCAAGAGCUUCACCACCAAUGAGAAGGCCAUCCUGGAACAGAGCUUCCGGGAUCUGGUGAGGGAACUGGAGAAGCAGAAGGAGGAAGUGAGGGCUGCCCUGGAGCAGCGGGAGCAGGACGCCGUGGACCAGGUGAAAGUGAUUGUGGACGCGCUGGAUGAGAGGGCUAAGGUGCUACAUGAAGACAAGCAGACCCGGGAGCAGCUGCACAACAUCAGCGACUCCGUGCUCUUUCUGCAGGAAUUUGGUGAUUUGAUGAGCAAUUAUUCCCUGCCCCCGCCGCUACCCACCUACCAUGUCCUGCUGGAGGGGGAGGGCCUGGGCCAGUCACUUGGCAAUUGCAAGGACGACCUGCUCAAUGUGUGCAUGCGUCAUGUGGAGAAGAUGUGCAAAGCCGACCUGAGCCGUAACUUCAUUGAGAGGAACCAUAUGGAGAAUGGUGGGGAUCACCGCUACAUGAACAAUUACACAAACAGCUACACGAGUGAGUGGAGUACGCCAGACACCAUGAAGAGGUACUCCAUGUACCUCACACCCAAGGGUGGGGCUCGUACUUCUUUCCAGCCAUCGUCGCCCAGCCGCCUCUCCAAGGAGACCAACCAGAAGAAUUUUAGCAAUCUCUACGGCACCAAAGGUAGUAACUAUACCUCCCGUGUCUGGGAAUACUCGUCCACUGUGCAGAGCUCUGAUGACCUGCCCGCUGUCCAAGGCAGCUCCUCCUUCUCCCUGAAAGGCUAUCCCUCAGUCAUCCGCAGCCAGGUCCCUAAGGCUCAGCCGCAGACUUGGAAAUCUGGCAAGCCAACUCUGCUGUCUCACUACCACCGGCCCUUCUACGUCAACAAAGGCAACGGGAUGGGCUCCAAUGAGGCGCCCUGAGUGCUGGGCAGAAGAAGGCACGAAGCACUGCCUGCCGCUGCUGCCCUUCCUGCU